AUGGCUUUGGCCCUCUGUCUACUUCGGAAUGGAACAUAUCUUUUAGGAGCAGUUGAUUUCGUGGCAGCGCCGGCACAGACAUCGAUCCCGCAUGUUUUCCUCACCUCGCACACGAAGCCGACCCGUAUGACCAUCGUUCGGAAGGCGCUCCACAUCCUGCUUCGCUUGGCCCCUGCCACGAAUGAAUACUUUCAUCCCGACAAACACUCGAAACCCGGCAAACACCUUGUUCUACUUGACCACAAGAUAGACUCAACCGUGCGCAUUUUCCGCUACAUGAAUGAGCACAUGGCGGGGUCGUCGCUGUUUGCGUACGAGCCGCCAAUAAUGGCUAUAAUGGCACAUGAUACCUAG